AUGACUAGAUUGCUAAAGGUCGCAGCUGCCCAGGUUGGCAGAAUCGACAUUGAUACUCCCUACGAGGAUGUGGCUCAGCGCAUGAUUGCCCUGCUGGACGAGGCGCACGAGAAAGGCGUCAGGCUCGUCAACUUCCCGGAACUCACGUUUACCACCUUCUUUCCUCGGUAUAUCAUUCCGUUCGGCCCAGAACUCGACAAAUGGUACCAGAAAGGCGACGUUACCAAGUUUGACCCAUUCAAGCCAUUUUUCGAGAAGGCCAAGGAGUAUGGCAUUGCCGUUUGUGUCGGCUAUGCAGAGCUGACGGACGAGGACGAACAUUACAACACCUCUGUCUUUGUCGACCAGGCAGGAAAUAACAUCAACAAGUACCGGAAAAUGUUUUUGCCCGGGGACAAGGAGCCGCUCGAGAAUGUUCCAUGGCAGCACCUCGAGAAGAGAUACUUUCUCGAGGGCAACUUGAACUGGAAAGCAUUCAGAUGGCCCGGAACGGGGACCGGCCAUGGAGGGCCUAUUAUCGGGCAACUGAUCUGUAACGACCGCAGAUGGCCCGAGUCGUGGAAGAUCCUGGGGCUCCAGGGAGCGGAGAUCGUCUGUAUCGGCUACAACACGCCGGUUUCCAACGUGGCAGAGCCGUCGCAGAUGGUCAACUCCGACUCGUCUGAGACGAUGGCUACUUUCCACAACGAGCUCUGUCUGCAGUACAACUCGUACCACAACUGCUGCUACUCUUUGUGUUCUGCGCGGACGGGCGCCGAUGACGGCAAGUACUCCAUGAUUGCGGGAUCGACCAUUGUUGAUCCCCAGGGCGUGAUUAUUGCCAAGUCGAAAACCAAUGGUGACGAGCUUGUCUGGGCUGAGAUAGACCUCGACAGCUGCUAUCCGCCAAGAAACAGGGCUUUCAACUUUGCCCGCCACAGACGUCCGGAGGAGUACAAGCUGAUAGUGGAGCAGAAGGGGGUUAAGGAGCCUGCUCCGCUGGAGGAUGAGAUGUAG